AUGUGUAUUACUAAGUUAGCAUUUAUCAAAGACAAAUUGGUGAAAUCCAAGUCCGGAUCGGUUAUUAAAGUGUUUAAGGAAGGUUUACUAGUUAAAGAAGAUAGUGGUACUUUAGGACUUUGUUCCGUAUUUAGUGGUAUUUCCCCAAGUAGUACUAAAAGUAGUGAUAAUAGUACCAAAAGUACUAUUGAAAGUAGUAGUACUAUUGAAAGUAGUAGUGAUAAGGAGUGGACAGAGGUUGGAGAUGAGUUGGUAGAGUAUAAGAUAAGUAAUUCAUUGGGUCCUGUACGGACGGGAAGAGUUAAGAACUUAUCUGAUCUGGAUAAGAGUGGGGCUGUUCAAGUUGUAGGAAAGUACUGGGUAGUAAGAAUAGGUAGUGAAGUUGUAGUUAGAGAAGUAGAAGGUGAUUUAGAAGUAUGGCGAGGAGAGGCUGAACGGUAUACUCUUUCUGAACAAGGUUUAUUACUAGAACAAGGAAAUGAGUUGAGUUUGUAUAGUUUAGGUGAAUUUACUAAGCCAUUAUGGCGUAAAGAGUUAAGUAAGUCAAGUAGAGAAGUAUUCUUGCGUGGACUGAUUGUACUUGUCUUUUGGCCGGCUGAUGAGAAAGUCUUGAUUAUAAGUAGUAGUAGGAGUGAAGAAGGUAAGAUUGAAGAAGUUUCAUUAGAUAUUCUGAUGGAUCUUUAUGAACCUGAUUGUGGUAAUUAUGUAGUUGGAUGGGCCACUAAUAUUGGACCGAUUAAAGACUUACUAGUAAUUGGUCAUAGUAAAUCGCCUGAUUUUGUUUAUGUAAUUAAGGAUGACGUCAGUACUCGUCUUUUAUCAGAAGUAGAUGAGUUAAAGUGUUUAAAGGUUCCUAUGGAGGAAGAACUAGUUGGUUUACAUACGAUUGAAGCUAGUAUUUUACCAGAUAUGAAUGAUGAAGAUCAAGAGAUUAUUCAAGGACCUACUUUUAUUGUUGAGAGUACUAGUCAACUCGUACUGUACUAUCUUAUGGCCGAAGUGACUAAACCUGAGUUGUAUCUUCAUACUCGCCGUAAACAACCCCAGCCAUGUCCCAUUUCUACUUCCACUUCCACUUCUACUACUCCCAGUACUACUAAUACUACCCCCGUCUUAACUACUACUAAUCCAGUUGAAACUAACCCAAUACUAACCCCAUCUUUAUCUCAAAGUCAAAAUAACAAUUUAGAUAGUAACAUAUCUAACCACCCAGUAAGUCAAUCCAGUCCAUCUUCCCUCGAAUCUUCACCUCUAUUCAGUUCAUCCAGUACUUCAGAAGAUUUAAGCCAACUUACUAAAGGCAAUACUUCCGAGGAUUUAAGCCAACUUACUAAAGGAGUAGCUAAUCUUAAACUAUCUAAUAGUACCGAUACUCCUACACUCUCUGCUACACCUACUACUCCCACACUCUCUACAUCUACUACUCCCACACUCUCUACACUCUCUACUCCUACUACACCUAAUACACCUGUCACUCCUAUUAUGUUCGGUUCAAGUCCUAAUCUAACCCCACGCUCUCUAGCUACUCCAGCCCCUAUUCCCAUUCCUUCACCCCAACCAACCCGAGUAGAUAAACUUGAAGAUCAAACCAAAGAAUUAGAUGAGUUCUUCCAACCAAUGUUCACUCAACUCCUCAACCAAGUUAAAGAAAUACGAUCAACCACUACUUCUUGCCAAACUAAUCUUCAUAAAAUCAAGACUCCCUCCUCUACUCCUCCCCAACCCACUCAAACUACCAAUUGUCUCUCCGGUAUUGAUGAACUAACCAUCCUCAUUACUGAUGAACUUACCGCCCUUAAAGAAGUAGUCAAAGAACAUCAAGCCACCACUAAAACCAAAACAAACAUCAUUCUCCAGCAAAUCAGAGAAAAACUAGAUCUAGCUACGCAACGUCUCAACCAACCCAUUCCUAAUAAAUGGCCUGAAAUCGAAGCCAUCAAUACCAAAAUCACCAAAACAUUCAAAAUUUCCAAUCAAUCAAACCAUCAUUCCGAUAUUAUCUCACCCAACGAUCUAAAAGUCUUCACUACUCCCCUCAAUAUUCCUCCCCCUUCACUCACUCCUAUCACUCUAGAUUCCAACCAUACCAAGAAGAGACAAAAUACUAUCCAAGUCCUUGAAGAGUGUCUUGCCAAACUCAAAAUCUCCCCAACCCCAACUGAUUCCAUUCUCGAUCAUAUCUUCCAAAACUCAGCCACCAAAACCCUUCUCUCCCAUAAACCAGCUCCUAUUCCCACCCCUACUCCUACUCCCCCAACUACCACUACUACUACCACUACUACCACUACUACCACUACUCCUCUCACCAGACCUACAUUAACUACUACUACACCAACUACUACUACCUCGAAGUUAACUACUCCCAGCUUUGCUAAACCUAACCCACUAAUGGCUACUACUACUACUACUACUACUACUCCUACUACUACUACUACUACUACUCCUACUCCUAUUACUACUACUACUCCUACUCCUACUCCUCCUACCAGACCAUUAUUUGCUUCAACCUCUAGUAAUACCAACUUAUUUGAUAUCCCACCCCCACCUACCCCACCUCCACACCUAGCCGCAGCCAUGGGCCGAUUCAGCAAGAUCUUCCCUAAUAUUACCCCCACCUCUUCCAAUAAUCCACCCGGCCAGUCUUCUUAUACAACAUUUGACUCCAAUCCUUUUUGCUCAUCCGCUACUCCACCUAAUUCUACUUUAUCUAAAUCUACUCCACCCAACCCCAUUCCCUUUGGUUAUAACUUCCCACCUCCACCUCCACCCCCACUCUUCUUUCCUUUCUCCACUCAACCCAACACCACUCAACCCAACACCACCACUACACCCCAACCACUCGGUCUUAACUCUCUAGCUAAUCCUCUUCUUUCCAAGCCCAAUAACACUAUCUCUCUUCUUCGUCCCUCCAACUCCUCCCAAUCUAACAACUCCUCCCAAUCUAACAACUCCUCCCAAUCUAACAACUCCACCCAAUCCAACAAUACCACCCAACCUAACAAUCCUAACCCAACUCAACCCAAUUCCAAAGGAUCUCUCUCCUUCCUCUUCAAGAAAUAG